AAAAGGGGCUGUGUAUCAGUGAAAAGACACAGUAGCGGGGCAUAUGGAUGAACAGCUCCUGAGGACUACUUGUGUGACGCCAGCGCCAAUUAUAAGCAGCCCCGGAUCUGUUUAAAGCCCCAUUAAAAGGGCCGCUCGCGGCAUAGCGAGGGUUAAGGAGAGCAUGCUGCAUCCCUGGCUGUGAGCACCUCCGCUGGAACAUCCGCCCCUGACUGCUGGAGACAAACCAUGGAAACAGGGAAGAGCAGAAGUGCAAAUGUUUACACCAAAGUGCCUGAUGGUGGCUGGGGCUGGGUUGUGGCCGUGGCCUUUUUCUUUGUGGAAGUAUUUACCUAUGGGGUGAUUAAAUCGUUUGGAGUCUUCUUUCAUGAAUUUAGGAACUACUUUGAUGAAAGCAACAGCAGGAUAUCAUGGAUUAUAUCAAUCUGUGUAUUUGUACUCACAUUCACUGCUCCUCUAUCUACCAUACUGAGCAAUCGCUUCGGACAUCGACCAGUAGUCAUGCUUGGGGGUUUUCUCGUUAGUUUGGGAAUGAUCUUAGCAUCUUUUGCACGCAAUAUAGUUGAAAUGUAUAUCACAAUUGGAGUUGUGUCAGGUCUUGGCUACUGCCUAAGCUUCCUCCCAACACUCACCAUAUUAUCACAGUACUUUGAGAAAAGGCGGUCCCUGGUCACAGCUGUCGCAUCCACUGGAGAAUGUUUCGCUGUUUUUGCAUUUGCACCAGCCAUCACUGCAUUAAAUGACUUUAUUGGCUGGAGAUACUGUCUUCUGACUGUUGGAGCUCUUCAGCUAAACAUUGUAGUUUUUGGAUCUCUGCUCCGACCAAUUGUUAUUAAAAACCAGGAAGAAGAAGCCAAACCACUUCCAAAAGCUGAAAAUGUUGAGACUACCUAUAUGCUUGAAAAUGAACAGACGCUCACAUCUAUAGACUCCAUCGAUUCAGGAGUCGAAGUAACUACCUCACCUAAAAAAGUACCAGCCAAACCUGAGAAACCAACUGAAGAUCCAAGUGAGAAAAAAGAGAUGGUUGAGAGAAUAGAAACAGAAGUAAAAACAUCUCAACCUCUACUAGACUUCUCAGUAUUAAGAAAUUCCAGCUUUAUAUGCUAUGCACUAUUUGGUCUCUUUGCCACCCUAGGGUUUUUUGCACCAUCACUGUACAUCAUCCCCCUUAGCUUGAGUCUGGGCAUCGGCAAGGACAAGUCAGCCUACAUGUUAUCAGCGAUUGCAAUUGCUGAAGUAUUUGGUAGGAUUGGUGCAGGCUGGAUCCUCAACAAGAAGCCAAUCCGCAAAAUUUACAUUGAACUUAUUUUUGUUGUUCUGUUAUGCGUGGCUCUUAUCGCGUUUCCCUUUGCCUGUGGUUUUUGGGGACUCAUAGCAUGCAGUGUAUUUUUUGGGUGCAUGCUGGGAACAGUGACUGGGACUCACAUCCCACUUUUGGCUGAAGACGACAUUGUUGGCAUAGAGAAAAUGUCAUCUGGUGUUGGAGUUUACGUAUUCAUUCAGAGUAUCGCUGGGUUGGCUGGACCACCACUUGGAGGUGUACUGGUGGACUGGACACAAAAUUACGGGUCUGCAUUUUACUCAUGCGCUGUUGGAAUGGCACUUGGUGCCUUGUUCUUAGCUUUGGUAAGGCCGUGCAAGAAGGGACUUUUCAGAAGAAAUUCACCUGCAAGGCGGCGUGAAUCUAACAGAUCUCAAGAGUCACAAGAAAUACCAAUAGACUUCCUUGAAAUGGACUUGGGGAAAGGGGAGGGUUUGAGCAAAAGUUGCCAAAGCCUUGAUGAGACAUCUUCAAAUGGACAUCAAUAGUUUAAACUCAAUUAGGUCAUCUCCACCACUUUUAUAUUGGAGACAACAAAUGGUUAUGCCAGACACAAAAGGGAACAAAAAAAAGUGUGAAAUAUCAAGAUUUUUUUCAGAAUUUCCUUGACGACUACACAUCAUUCCACCAAACAAAAUAAUUUCUUUACAAAGAACCAAUGCCUACAAACAGCAUGACAUUACUUAAUGAGUAACCUUAAUUACCAGAAUUUCUACAACUGUAAGGUUCAUCAUGGGAUAAAAUGUUAUUUAUAACGACUGGAAAGACCCCUUUUGAAGACUUCCGUUUGUAUUGCAAACAGAGCUAGGAUUUAUCAAGCGGUUAACAAAUAAUGCUGUAUUUCCGACAUGGUUAGCAUUCUAUGUAUCAAUACACCCAUCUUGAAUCAGAUACACUGAAUUAAGUUAAUUUUUUUUAAUGGAAACCAAAUAUUUAUUUAUUUUAGAAUACGCUGCUGUUAACUUAGAUUUUACUAGACAUGCCGGCAGGUUUGUUUUACAUUUCCGUAGGAACACUGCAAUUUUCCUAUAGUGCCUCAGGACUUUAUAUUUUUUACAUCUAGUAUUUAAAUGCAAGCCAAGACAUAAAGACUGAUAUAUAUGAGCAUCUACACAAUGUAUGCCUUUGAAUAAAAAACAUUCUUUAAUGCAAA